GUGCAGUUCAAUCGAUUGAAAAUGACUAUCGUGUCUAGUCUCAUACAUCCACAAAGUCAGAUAGGAGGAAAUAUCCUUUAAAGAUAGUCCUCUUCUAAUGUACGCAAUCAAGCAACAUGGAAGGAUUAGUCGAUGGAGAAUGGAUAAACGAACAAAGGAGAGGAAAAAACUGAUUUCAUGGCGAAAGGCAUGAUUGGUUGCUCCAAGAUGACUCCUCUAAGGUAGAACUUAUGGAAAAGCUCUUCCUAUGCUCUCUCUGAUUCAGGCCUAAUUGCACAUGUUUUGCCCCCGUUUUACUUAGAUGUGUGUGCCAAAUUCACUCCUAAAAGGUUGGUUUUACGCUAGGUUCUUCGUGUUUGAGUGUGUUUCAGGAUUUAACAGGUGAAACCAACCUCGGUGUCAAAAGAUUGACGAAAAGGAUUGAAAACUGGGAGAAGAGGUGAAAAGAGCCAGUUCACGGCUAAUUGAGGGAGUUCACGGUCAUGCAAGACCGUGAAGAAGAGGAGUUGAACGUGAAUCGCGAGGUGUCUAGAGCCAAUGUGAAGGGUACUGAUGCAAGGUGAGUUCAUGGUCACUAAGACCGUGAACAAAGGCAGUUGACCGUGAACAUAUGUGAGGAUGCGACGCAUUUUGGCGCACGCCUGGAGUUCACGGACAUGUUUCAUGGUUCACGGCCGUGAACGCAGCUCAUCUCAGGUAUAAAAGAUGAGCUGAAAGGAGGAGAGAGGGGAGAGCCCACUUUUGUGUGAAACACCUUCCUCAGCAUUCUAGUGAGAGAAACAUAACCAAAAGGAAGAAGAAGGUUAGGGUUUGGCUUCAAGGCAAAUUUUGGGAAGAUUUCCCCCAAGGAAAGCUCAACUCAAGGGUCAAGAAGACUGGAAGCAUCCUCAAAGAUGGUUUUGCACCUUUUUCCCUUUUGUUUUUCCCACUUCUAGCAUGGAGUAGACCUCCUUUCACUUGGGUGUAGUGAAACCCUAACUCUACCAUGUAGUUUUCUUGUAUUUGUUUUGAAUGAUUGUCAUUGGGUAUUGUUCAAUUCAAUGAUUGAGGCAUUAUUUAUCAUGAUUGUGCAUGCUUGUGCUUAGCAACCUAGGGGUUGUGCAUGCUUUGUGCUUAGCAGCCUUAGGUUUGUGCAUUUAGGUGCUUAGCAACCUAAGUAUUGUGCAUAAUUGUGCUUAGCACUCCUAGGUACUUUCCCACAAAAGAGUUUUCAAACCCAAUCACCUUUGCUUUCUUUUACUUCAAUUAGAAAACCUUUAUACCAAAGUUUUGUUGCUAGAUAAUGAUUUCAACAACUGAAGUAAGGGUAGACGGACAGGCCCGGGUCGAUAUCUAAAUACUUGCCACAUACUGCACCCGAUUAGAGUUUAAAAACUUGGGCUCUAAUUGGGGUUUUAUAGUGGUGUAGUUUCGUGCAAGUGAAGUUUUGGAGCCAUUGCCGGGGACACAGUCUGUUAUUCUGAUAAAGUUGUUGGUUGUUAAUCUAGCUUUUAAUUUCUAGUUUUGCAUGUUUGUGUUCUUUGCUUGUGCUAGACUUGGUGUUUUCCAAUUUCUAGGAGAAGGAGUGAAAGAGGGGGACAACAAUUGAGUCUCGAUGUUAGUAGAGAAGGAGUUGAAGAAGUCAAAGUUGAACCUGUCGUUGAAGAGGAAAUAGCGGGGAACCAAAGACAAUAUGGAGGCGCUCAAGCCCGCCAUAUGAAUGAGGCGACAGGAGAAGAAGGAGCCCCGAGAACGAUGGGGUACUAUAUUGCCCCAAGGUCGGUGGACAUUCAAUUGCCGAUCCUACAUCCUCCGGUGGCGGCAAACAAUUUCCAGAUCAAGUCGACUCUAGUGACUAUGAUACAAAGUAAUGCUCUAUUCCACUGCCAUGAAAGCGAGUCACUUAGAGAGCACGUGCAGAGAUUCUUGGAGCUCGCGGGGAGCUUGAAAAUUGAAGGUGUGCCGACCGAAGCUUUGCAACUAAGGCUUUUCCCAUACUCACUCUUGGGGAAGGCACUUAGGUGGCUAAACAAUCGCCCACCUCGGUCUAUCACCUCAUGGGAUAACCUUCUCAACAAGUUUAUGGCUCAUUAUUGCCCGUCUUUAAAGACGGUGGAGUGGAGAAAGAAGAUUACACAUUUCAAGCAAAAAGAGGAUGAGACCUUGAGGGAUGCUUGGGAGAGGUACUAUGAUUACUUUCUUCGGUGCCUUCACCAUGGGUUUGAAGAACAGUUUCGGAUUGAAACCUUCUACGGAGGCCUAAUGCAAGAAGGUAAGAUCCUCAUCGAAUCCUUGUUGAGGGGAAGUUGAUGAAUAUGGCUCCACCCCAAAUAGCCGAGAUACUUGAAGAUAUGGCCCUUAGGGGGUAUGAUUGGGGGUUGACUAGAAGUAGAAGAAGGAGCCAUGAUAGGGGGUGAGAAGCAUGGGAGUGAGUGCUCCGCUUGAGGUGAAGCUCGAUAAGUUGCUUGAGGUUAUGGUUGAAGAUAAAAGGCAAGGAAAACGGGCGGUAAUGUCGUGCGACUGGUGUCUAGUACUAGCCACAAAAUGGCGGAGUGCCAAGCAAUGAAGGAGGCAACCACUC